AUGAAAAAACAGACGCAUCCUUUCUUCCCAGAGCUGCAGGUUCUGGACCUUUCUUCAAAUUAUUUUAACGGUAGCAUACCUGCACGGUUCCUCAAGCAGUUCAAGGCUAUGAUGGUGAUUUCUCCAGGAGCUCCCACCAUGUAUGUUGAAAUUAUUGCAACAUCACCUCGAGGGAAUGGGUCAUGGUCUCCCUCAAGUCCAUACUACAGGGAAUCGGUCACGGUCUCCCUCAAGGGGCAAGAAACAACACUGGUACAGAUACUUUCAGUCUUCAUGUACAUCGAUCUCUCCAACAACAGUUUCAUGGGUGUCAUCCCCAACGCGAUCGGCGACCUGAAGUUUCUCAAGCAGCUCAACCUGUCCAGGAACUCCUUCACCGGCGAGAUCCCUCCCAGGAUCGCGAACAUGCUGCAGCUGGAGUCACUUGACCUCUCCUACAACCAGCUCUCCGGGGAGAUCCCACCCGCAAUGGCGGCGAUGUCAUUCCUCGAGGUGCUCAACCUCUCCUACAACCACCUGUCAGGGAUGAUACCGCAGUCCAGCCAGUUCUUGACGUUCCCAAACACCUCAUUUCUGGGGAACGACAGGCUGUGUGGGAAGCCUCUAGCACGGCUGUGUGAGACGAACCAUGCACCAUCAGCCGCUGCUACACCGGGCUCUUCAAAAGAGCUGAACUGGGAAUUUUUGUCAGUUGAGGAAAAAGAACGAGGACUCAUGACGCAGCGGCUGGCCCCCUCGCUCGACUUUGUUGCUGCUCGGACGUAG